UUCCACAUUAACUGUUGCCGCGUGUCAAACACUGACCCCAUUUUCACAUCUUCCCUUCAGCCCCUCUUCGCUUCACAUUCCCUUCUCCGUUCUCUCAAUUUUCUUUACCAACUCUCUCUCUUUCAAAAGCUGUAAGAGUAGAACCUAGGCAAUUCCUGAACUACUAAAUCUAGGUUAGGGUUUCCAAACACCGAUCUCUACUCUGUUUUACAAUCAUACCAUGGUGAUUGUGAUUUCUCCUGGAAAUCACUGUUCAAUUUUUUCCAAAUUAAUCUCUUCUUUUGUUCUCACUCUCUGUUUCCUUCUUUCCUGAAAAAGUUCCAGGCUUUCUCUAUCAAUUCUGCAAUUUAUCAGCGUUUUCCGUUUAUUAGUGAUGUGAAGGUUUCGUUGUCCGUCUCUUGAUCGACAAUUUGUGUAAAUGUAUAUGCAUAUUUGUAUAUAAUUCAUACUCUUAAUUAGGGCUUUUUGGUGUGAAAUUUGGGUGGCUUCGUGAUUUGGUUUUGUUGUUUGAGUUUUGAGGAUAUUAUGAUUAUUGAGGAAUUGAAGGACGGUGAGGUGGAGAGAGGGGCAAAGGAGAAAUCGUGCGUGGAAAUUGCUAAUAACAGCAAUAGCGAAGAAGUUGUUUCGUGGGACGCGAAGAGGGUUUUCAUUGGAGCAGGGGCACGGGCUUUGUUUUACCCAACUUUGCUUUAUAACGUUGUUAGGAACAAGUUUCAGGCUGAGUUUCGCUGGUGGGAUAGGGUCGACGAGUUCAUAUUGCUAGGCGCUGUUCCAUUCCCUACAGAUGUUCCAUGCCUAAAGGAGCUUGGUGUUCAUGGUGUGAUCACAUUGAAUGAGCCAUAUGAGACAUUGGUUCCAACAUCUCUUUAUCAUGCUCAUGGCAUUGACCAUCUGGUCAUUCCUACAAGAGACUACUGUUUUGCACCAUCCCUAAAUGAUAUUUGCCUAGCUGUGGAUUUCAUUCAUGAGAAUGUAUUGCAAGGAUGUACUACAUAUGUUCAUUGUAAGGCUGGUCGGGGGCGCAGUACAACCAUUGUUCUUUGUUACCUGGUGCAACACAAACAGAUGACACCUGAAGCUGCGUAUGAUCAUGUCAGGUCAAUCAGGCCAAGGGUGCUUCUAGCAUCUGCUCAGUGGCAGGCUGUUCUGGAAUACUAUAAUCUUAAGCUGAGAAGAAGUGCUCACAUUAACACAACUGAUCUCAUCUUGAAGACCCCAAGGCCAGCACGAUCCCAGGAUAUUGUGGCCUUUGAUGAUGGUUCUGUAGUUAUCGUUAAUGAGGCAGAUCUUGAUGGGUAUGACCCCGCUCAUGAGUCAGAUACUGUGAGAAGAGAGAUAUUGGCUGAUCUAAGUGUGGUCUAUCGAGUUCGAGUUGCUGGUCAAGCAGCAUUGGCAAGAAUAUCCUGUUCAUGUCUGUGGUUCCGCUGCCAUACUCACCAAAAGAUUUUGGGAGAGCAACUAAGCACAAAGAACGGCUGCUCAAUCCAGGCCAAUCAUUUGGGAGGUAUUAGUGUAGACAUUCAUGUCUACUGAGAGGCGGCUGAAACUGCAUACAAGUGGUUUGAUGAGUUUUCUUUCCGUUCCAAAUUUUCCUAUCCGUAUAUAAAUGAUGAAUAAUGUUUGAUGAGAUGGUGCUGAAACUCCAUUUCCAUGACCCAUUGUAAAUCAACUUCGCGUCUUGAAUCAUAAGUGUAAGAAAAACAAUCAUGAUGUUUCAUCUAAUGCAUUUCGUGAGAAAAAUUUGUUUCA